AUGACUGUUGUCUGUGUGACAAGUGCUACAACAACAACAGCACCCCUAGGAGACAUGACUGUUGUCUGUGUGACAAGUGUUACAACAACAGCACCCCUAGGAGACAUGACUGUUGUCUGUGUGAAAAGUGUAACAACAACAACAGCACCCCUAGGAGACAUGACUGUUGUCUGUGUGACAAGCGCUACGACAACAACAGCACUAACACACUACAGGACACUACACACAAACACACACAAGACACAACACAGAAAACACACAAAAAAACGACACACACGAAAAAUACACACACAACUACCACAACACACGAACACAAACACACGUAACACAACUAAACACUAAAACACUACACACCACCACUACACCGAAACUAAACAUCACUACACACACUAACACAAACGCACACACUAACACACACUACACACACUACAACACUAACACAACUACACACACUACACAACUAACACACAACACACAUACACACACUAACACACACUAACCACUACACAACCCCGACACACAAACUACACACACUACACACACACACCAACUACACACACACACACAAAAACACUACACACAUAAACACUACAACAACUAAACACUCACACCAACACACGACACACACUAAACACACAACACAAACUACAAACACAACACAAACAACACUACAAAACACUAACACACACACACACUACACACACUAACACAUACACACACUAAACACACUACAAACACUAACAACUGCACACAUACACACACUACACACACUAAAAACAUACACAACCUAACACAUAAAAACUACACAAACAACAUAACACACUACACACACAACAAACACACACUACACACACUACACACACUACACACACUAACACACUACCAACACUAACACACACACACACUAAACCACCACACUACACACACUAACACAUAACAACUACACACACAACACACUACACACACUACACACACAACACUAACACACAAACACAACAAACACUAAAAACUAACACACAAACCACACUAACAACUAACAUAAAAACAAACACAACACACUAAACACACUACACACACUAAACACAAACAACACAACACAACCACACACUACACACAACACACACUACACACACUACACACACUAGAAACACUACACACACUACACACACUACACACUAACACACUACACACACUACACACACUACAACACAACACACCCCGACACACAUAACACACUACACACACUAACCACACACACACUAACACACACUAACACACAAUAACUACACACUCACACACUAACACACUACAACACACUACACACACUACAACCACUACACACACUAGAAACACCACUACACACACUACACACACUACCACACACUAGAACCCCACUACACACACUACACACACGUAACACCACUACACACACUAACAUACACCCUUCACACACAUAAACUUACUAACACCACAUACACACAACUAACACACUACACACACUAAACCACACUUACACACCCCACUAAACACACCUUACAUACACUAACACACACGCACCCACACACUACACACCACUAACACAAAACUACACACCACUACACAAACACUAAACACACUAACACACUACACACACUACACACACUAACACACUAACACACUAAAAACACUAACACACACUACAUACACUACACACACUAACAUACAUUAACACACACACACACUAACAUACAGCUAGUGUAGUAGUGGUGACCCCUCAAAAGAAAAUAAAUGAAGACAUACAGUAUGUGGCUGCCCUCCUUGGAGGAGGAGGAGGAGGAGGAGGAGUAGGAGGAGGAGGUGGAGGAGGAGGAGGAGGAGGAUGAGGAGGAGGAACAUCUUCAGCCUUGGAAUUAAAUGAUGUAAGAAAUGGGCAUCUUGUACUGUAGUGCUCUAUGCCAAAUACUAUGUAAUACUACACACACACACACAUGCACACACACACACACACACACACACACACAUACACACACACACACACACACACACACAGAUACAGAAUAAAAAACAGACAGCUGUGGCCAUGUAAUUCUUAGAAUGAUGGUAAGUUCUGUGGAAGCACAUAUCCGUACAAUUUACGUUGCAAUACCAUCAAGCUCUGAGCUCCACCUUGCUCCACCAUUCAUUCUGUAGAAAUAUGGAGACAUGACUGUUGUCUGUGUGACAAGUGCUACGACAACAACAGCACCCCUAGGAGACAUGACUGUUGUCUGUGUGACAAGUGCUACGACAACAACAGCACCCCUAGGAGACAUGACUGUUGUCUGUGUGACAAGUGCUACGACAACAACAGCACCCCUAGGAGACAUGACUGUUGUCUGUGUGACAAUUGCUACGACAACAACAGCACCCCUUGGAGACAUGACUGUUGUCUGUGUGACAAGUGCUACAACAACAACAGCACCCCUAGGAGACAUGACUGUUGUCUGUGUGACAAUUGCUACGACAACAACAGCACCCCUAGGAGACAUGACUGUUGUCUGUGUGACAAUUGCUACGACAACAACAGCACCCCUAGGAGACAUGAC